AGCAAGAGCAGAGCCAAAGAGAAAGCAGCCGCCAAGAUGAAGCCAUCCACUCCAGUCGCCGCCAUUCCGCUAAUGACGCUCGUGGUCGCUGUCCUGCUGCAGACGCACUGCGUCCGUGGCCAGAACCAGGCCUUCGAUCUCACCAAGCUGCUGCCCAAGACCGGAACGGAGCCCAUCUGGGCGGUGAUCGAUCGCAACUUGCCGCAGGUGCAGGAGCUAGUCACCGCGGCCAGGAUGGAGUGCAUCCAGAAGCUGCAGCUGCCCAGGGACCAGCGCCCGCUGGUGAAGGUGACCAAUCCCAGUGAGAAGGAGAAGUGCCUGGUGGAGUGCGUGCUCAAGAAGAUCAAGUUGAUGGACGCCGACAACAAGCUGAACGUUGGCCAGGUGGAGAAGCUGACCAGCCUGGUGACCCAGGACAACAAGAUGGCCAUCGCCGUCAGCUCCAGCAUGGCGCAGGCCUGCAGCCGCGGCAUCUCCUCCAAGAACUCCUGCGAGGUGGCCCACCUCUUCAACCAGUGCAUCAGUCGCCAGCUGGAGCGCAACAACGUAAAGCUGGUCUGGUAGGGGACAUCUCCGCGCCAGGGGCACCACCAACUACCACUUGAGAUCUUAACUACGAGUAGAAGGCCAUCAUCUUCGCUACAAUGAUUUCUCACAUAAUUUUAACCGAACAUUCAUGAUCAAUAGAUAUAAUUAUAUAUAAGAUAUUAGUUAUGAGUUACUCAGCUUUUUCUAUUACUAGAUCAAUUUUUAGUUGCUCGCUCGUAAUUGAUUU